UGUCAGGGUGAGGUUAUAAUCACGGAUGUCUCCGUUGUCCAGCAAAUACCAGGACAACGAGCCCUUGGAGUCUAAACUUCAAUUUCUACCGUCAAAUGUCAAGGAAAGGGGAAUUAAUUCCCCUUGAAGAUCGAUUAUCCUGUUUUCAGGGUUGAACCAGUGAUUUUGUGGUUUUGUGAAGAGAAAUUCAAGGAUUUCACUAGACAUCCAGGGAAAACAUCAAUAAGAUGGAUGAAGCCAAGUUCCUGAAACGGAAGGUGAGAUCAGGAGCAUUGGAUGUCCACCCGACGGAGAAGGCUCUAGUCGUUAAUUAUGACGUGGAGGCUCUUAUCCUGGGUGAACUAGGUGAUCCAAUGCUCGGUGAUCGUAAGGAAUGCCAGAAAAUAAUCAGACUGAAGAGCUUGAAUGCCGACACCAACGUCUCUCUUCUCGCCAAGGAAGUGAUGGAGAAAUGCUCAUUGAUCCACGAGUCAAAGCUCCACGAGGUCGAACAAUUAAUUUAUUAUCUGCAAAACAGAAAGAUCAAUAACGAAGGGUUGGAAGGGAGUUUUCAGCCACCAAGACCCACUUCUUCGACCUCAACGACCGUUCCAUCCUCUGAGAAUGGUGAUCCAGAGCGGGCAGUAAUUUCCAACGUCGAUAGCUACAUUGAGCUCCUCUAUGAGGAGAUCCCAGGGAAAGUCAAGGGGUCAGCUCUCAUUCUGCAGCUUGCUAGAGUCCCUGACAAUCUCUUGGAGCUCACGAAGAACGAAUCCCUUCUGAGUGCUCUGGCAAGAGUUCUCAGGGAGGACUGGAGACGCAGCAUAGAACUCUCUACUAACAUUAUCUACAUCUUCUUCUGCUUCUCAACGUACUCCCAGUUCCAUAAUAUCAUCCUGGAGUACAGGAUUGGAUCUUUGUGCAUGGAGAUCGUUGACUUCGAGCUCUUAAGGUACGACCAGUGGAAAGAUGACAUGGAAAAACGUCGUCGUCACUUCGAGACAUCCACAGGACUGGUGUUGUUCCCCUCGACGACCUGUGACAACAACGACAAGAAGCUGAAGCUGACAGACGAUAUCUGGAGUACUGAGGGUCCCCUGGACUACGAGAUCAAGCGUAGAUCCUCGGAGAUGCAUCUGUUGAUCUCUGAGACUGAGAUAAAGCGACUCAAGGAGGACCUCGAGAAGAGCAGAAAGAAAUUCAAGAGCCUCACCAAGAAGCAGGAACAGCUUCUGCGAGUUGCCUUCUACCUGCUCCUAAAUAUUGCGGAGAAUACCGAGGUCGAGAGAAAAAUGAGAAAGAAGAAUGUAAUCGGGAUGCUGAUAAAGACCCUCGACAGAGUCAACACUGAUCUCUUAAUACUAGUGAUAACAUUCCUGAAAAAGUUGUCGAUAUUCAGGGAAAACAAGGACUCAAUGGCUGAGGACAAUAUCGUGGAGAAGCUCCCGAGGCUUCUCCAGAACAAUAAUCCAGACCUUCUCCUAAGCACUCUAAAAUUACUGUUCAAUCUCUCAUUCGAUGGAAAACUCCGCGGCAAAAUGGUGAGGGUUGGACUGCUCCCUAAAUUGGUGAAACUCCUGGCUACCAGUGAUCCUCAGAACAAAAACACCAUCCUGGGACUGCUGUAUCACCUCAGCAUGGACGACAAAGUGAAAUCGAUGUUUGGUAAUAGUGAGUGUGUCCCCAUGGUAACUGACAUGGUUCUGGAGGACUGCGAGGAGAGGACCAAAAGGGAACUCAUUGCUCUCUGCAUCAACUUGGCAUGUCACAACAGAAAUGCCCAGAUCAUGGUUGAGAACAAUCGGCUGCAGGGGCUCAUCAGGAAGGCCUUCAAAAAUCAGGAUCCACUCAUCAUGAAGAUGAUAAGAAAUAUCUCACAGCAUGACAGUACUAAAGAACAUUUCGUGGAAUUUGUUGGAGAUUUUGCAAUGGCUCUUACCCAAUCUGACUCCCAAGACUUUGUCUUGGAAAUUGUGGGAGUUCUGGGGAACCUAGUGCUCCCAGACUUAGACUACGCUCAGAUUCUUCAACGUUGCAAUUUAAUCCCCUGGAUUAGAAAUAAUUUGGUGCCUGGCAAAGUUCAGGAUGAUCUGGUGCUCGAGGUGGUCGUUCUUCUCGGGACAGCAGCCUCCGACGAGGACUGCGCCAGGCUUCUCUGCAAGGCUGACAUCCUCUUGUCUUUGAUAGAACUACUCAAAGCAAAACAGGAGGACGAUGAGAUAGUUCUGCAGAUUAUUUACGUUUUUUAUCAAAUCGCUAUGCACGAGUCCACGAGGGAUUAUCUGAUUAAAGAGACUGGAAAUGAGGCUCCAGGAUAUCUCAUCGAUCUCAUGCACGAUAAGAAUCCGGCCAUCAGGAGAGUUUGUGAUGCUUGUCUCGAUGUAAUUGCUUUGUGCGACAAGGACUGGGCAGCUAGAAUUAAAGUCGAAAAAUUCAGAUCUCACAAUCAGCAAUGGCUGGAAAUGGUGGAGUCUAUUGCAGUAGACAACACGAAUCAUCUGAUUGUCGAUGAGGACGACAGUCUCCCACCUUUCAUGAGUGGAGACCUCCUGAAGCACACGAUGCUGUUCCCAUCGGGGAAUUCCACUUCCUUCAUCACCGAUGACGGAGAUUCAGUCAUCAGAGGGGCUCUAGACUCGUCAGAUAAUUCCAGUCGUCCUGCGAGUCGAUACAGUCGAGAUUUUGAUGAUUUAACAGACCUCAUGGCUCGCUCGAAAUCUCGAAUGUCCGUUGGUUCGGGUAUUGAGGAUCUCUAUCACAACCCAAAAGUGAAAUUCACAGAGUCUGAUAAUUCCCAUGUCCUUAUAUAAAGGGAAAUCAAGCUCAAGUGCUUCAUCCACACACCCUAGCCUUUUCGACUGGGGAAAAGUAUUAUGCUUAUUUUUCGCGAGGAAUUUAGCUCUGGAGAACCUAAAUGUAUGCACAAUUCGCAGAAGUUCGGAAUUUUUCAGUCGACGUUUAGGAGUUUUUAUUUGAAACUAGUGCCUUUAUGUUGUCAGACGAUUUAGCUCUACCACUUUCAACUCAACUUCCACAUUCGCUAGUCAAAGUAUUAUUUAAGCAACUGUCCACCUGAGGAACAAUUUAUUUCAAUUAAAAAACAAUGAAAUUAUUGAAGAGCCAAUAGUUUUUUCUUAUAACGAAAAUUAUUAAAGUAAAUUGUUUCAUCAGGUUUAAUUGCAAUGUAGUUAAGUAUUAUAUGGAGCUUAGAUGAAUUCUGCUAUCGUCCUUUGAAUGUUC